UCUCGCUCCUCUCACACACGUGCACACACACAUCCCGUCACUCGGUGUCCCUACGGCUGAGGAUCUUGCGUCUCGCCGUAACUCAAUUCUUUGUAUUACAGUUGGUAAUAUUGACUAAAGAGACGCUACUUCGGGUAUUUGUCGAGUAUCGCAUGAGCGUCUCUUUAAGGAUAGACUUGCGAAUUUUUUGUUUGUCAUAUUUUGUUUGUCGUUAUGGUGAGUGUGGCGAGAGUGGUGGUGCUGGUGAUGGUGACGGUGGUGGAGACGACUUGGAGUUUGGGGGACGUGCACACCUCAGCGGUGACGGUGGCGCAGCUGGUGGAGGCCGAGAACUCUGUCAUCCACGUCCUCCAAGACUACGUCGACAAGGAGGAGGCCAGAUUACGAGUCAUCAGGCAGUACAUCGGGAGCUGGCGAGGCGGGCAAGAGAACUACCUGCAGCAUCCUAUCAACAGCUACCACCUUCUGCGACGCCUCACCCACGAGUUCGAUGCGGUUCAGGCGGCCCUCAACGACUCCUCUGCUGAAGCCGUGCGGGCCAACCUAGGUGGUCUGCGAGGGAGAGUGGAGCUUCCGUCAGAGGUGGACGUCAACGGCGCCGCCUACGCCCUGGUGCGCCUUCAGUACACCUACAACCUCAGCCUCGACGACCUUGUGGAGGGGGACAUCUUGGGCAACAAGGCCAUUCAGAUGCUCUCGGCUGACGACUGCCUGAGAAUCUCCCAGCAGAGCUUCAACAACCUGGAGUUCGAGCUGAGUGAUCAGUGGUACCAGAAGGGCCUCGACAUACUGAGGGCGGAGAGGCCCCUCGCCCGGGACAUGCAGCUGAGGAUAGACCAGCUGAUCAAGCAGAAGGAUCACCGCGCCAUGAUGCGUAAUCUGGUGACAAAUCUGGCAAAGGGCUCUGACGAAAGUAUACUGGAACAGUUCUCUGGCCUCGGUGUUCCAACCUCCUUCCAGAAGAAAAUUUACGAGAACGACAAAGAAUUCGACCAAGUGGACAAGCUCGACCAUUUCUACCGUGUAUUGUGUCGUGGAGGCUUUCAACAGCCGCCCGAGGCAUACAUUGGUCUAAAGUGCGGCUACGUACGAGGCAAGAACGGCUACCGACGACUGAUGCCCUUCAAAGCUGAGCUACUGUGGGCGGAUCCGAUUAUCGUCGUGUACCACGACGUACUCUCGGAGGGAGAGAUGACCACGAUGAGGGAGAUCGCCACGCCCCGCCUCGCCACUACCAUGGUCCACGCCUUCACCAGUCACAAUACCCGCAGGUCCUUGGCCAGAGUGGGCAAAACGGCAUGGGUGAUGCAAGGGGAGGACGCCACGGUGGAUAGGGUCCUGCGGAGGAUAGAAGAUAUGACGGGAUUGACCACGGAGACGGCAGAAUACCUCCACGUCCUCAACUACGGCAUCGGUGGUCACUACGACGCCCACGUCGACUUCUUCGACUUGCAGAAUAAAUCUAUGGACAAAACUCCACAUCAGGGAGAUCGUUUGGCCACAAUGCUCUUCUAUCUGAACGAGGUGGAGGCCGGAGGGUCGACAGUGUUCCCCAUGUUGGGGCUGGAGGUGCCUCCAACGGCAGGCUCGGCGCUCUUCUGGUUCAACAUCAAGCGAAGCGGCUUAGGAGACUACAGCACCGUACACGCCGCCUGUCCCGUCCUCCUGGGGGAAAAAUGGAUUGCUAACUUGUGGAUCCACGAGUUUGGUCAAGAGUUCCGGUGGCCGUGCACGCUAGACCCGGAGGACUAGGCUUCCCAGCACGUGUCUCAAAACGUCCACCGUUAUUGCAAGAACCAUUGCAGUACAUAUCUAUAGUCUCUUCUGCUCAUUAAACUGCGGAAUUAUUACAAUUAUCGUUAACAGAGAGGGAUUAACGAAGACACUUUUAUACGCCAUAAGUUGCACUGGAUUUGCGAAGAAAUCGGAAUAGUAAACCAAGCACAAGGUCUAACGAGUCGAGCGACCCAACUAUAAUUUUUCAGGAACCCUGGGGAGAGGGAUCAGGUAUGAAUAGGGAUAUUUUUUAAUGGCCAGUAUGUGGGAUGUUUUAAGUAUAGUCAACAUUUAUUAUAUUGGACACUGUUGUAUCUGUUUUGAACAUUUUCAGUUGUCUAUAUAUCAAACCAAAAUCUU